AUGUUUAAUCGCAACAACUUCCCUUCCGUCAAUCCUUUUAGCCCGAGCAGCGGCAGCUCUGCCCCCAGCGGGGACAGAAUGGGCACAUCGCGAGACCGUUACAAUAGUCCUAGUCCACAGUCAUCUGGUCAUGGCCCGGAUCCUCGACUGGGUGGAGGGAACUACGACCGAUCCCCCAUGGCCCGUGGGCAGCCACAGCAACACAUGCCUUCUGGGCGGGGACCCGGCAGGAUGCCGCCGAGAGGAGGAGGUGGUGGGGGUGGCAUGGGUGAUCAAGUCUGGACUCUGCGCCCAGCGAAGAGUCCAGAUAAUUCAUAUACAUAUGGAAAUCUUGUCGCAGUAUCACCGCAUGAUAUCCCCCCUUCCCGCGACGGUUCCGAUGUCCUGGUUCUUGUAAACGAUAUGUUUGUCUUCUCUGCGCGUCCUCUCGAGGGGUUCCCUCCAGGACACAUUAGCAUGUCUGAUCCACAGAGGACGUGGGCCCAAGUCGCAUUAACGGAUAUGGUCACCGUUCGGUUGUAUGACAUUUUUAGCCAAGGCGGGCAAUCAUACCUUGCAUCGAUGGAUAUGGAAAUUGGGUUCGCCGGCAAGAAGAGGACAGAAAUGCCUUAUGAUCAAGAUCAACUUGCGCGAGUCGUUACUCGGAACUUUGAAAACCAAAUCCUGGCCCCCGGCCAAAAGAUUUUGAUGGAUGAUAAGAGUAUCCCCUUACUGUUAACAGUCAAAACGGUUCAACUUGGAGAUUUAGCUUCAGAAAAAGCAAAAUCGUCAUCGGCCCCGACGACAUCUGAUCCUCACGCUAGAGGAAUUCUAACAUCUUUUACUCUGAUCAACUUUUUUAAAGAUGCAAAAACGGGAAUCAAUGUGAAACCUUCCAAUCGAAGGCCCGCAGCAAACUCAAUUAUCCAACCUGAUUUUAAAUUCGAAAACAUGGGAAUCGGCGGUCUGGAUAUGGAGUUCAGUACUAUAUUUCGGAGAGCUUUUGCUUCCCGGAUUUUCCCCCCCGGACUCGUAGAGAAACUCGGGAUUCAGCAUGUCAAAGGGAUUUUGCUCUAUGGACCACCUGGAACGGGAAAGACUCUGAUUGCUAGACAAAUCGGCAAAAUGCUCAACGCUAGGGAGCCAAAGGUUAUUAACGGACCCGAAGUUCUAAACAAAUAUGUUGGACAGUCUGAAGAGAACAUUCGAAAAUUAUUUGCGGAUGCGGAGAAAGAGUACAAGGAAAAGGGAGACGAAAGUGGUCUCCACAUCAUUAUUUUCGACGAACUAGAUGCUGUUUGCAAGCAGCGUGGUAGCGGCGCAGGCGGCGGAACUGGUGUUGGUGACAGUGUCGUCAACCAACUUUUGUCAAAGCUAGACGGUGUUGAUCAACUGAACAACAUCCUGCUGAUUGGAAUGACGAAUCGUAUGGACAUGAUUGAUGACGCUUUACUGCGGCCUGGACGACUAGAAGUACAUAUGGAAAUUUCGUUGCCAGACGAGCAUGGACGGGCUCAAAUCUUGAAAAUUCAUACACAAAAGAUGAGAGAAAACGACGUGAUGGAUAAAGAUGUCGACCUUCUUGAGUUGGCUCAACUGACUAAGAACUUCUCUGGAGCCGAAAUAAGUGGUUUGGUGAAGUCGGCAUCGUCGUUUGCGUUUAACCGACAUGUGAAAGUCGGCACGAUGGCUGGUAUUAGUGACGAUAUUGUCAACAUGAAAGUCAAUCGCCAAGAUUUCCACAAUGCUCUUGACGAGGUGAAACCAGCCUUCGGCGUUUCCGAAGAAGAGCUCGAAAGCUGCCUGCACGGCGGGAUCAUCAAUUAUUCCCCUGAGAUUAACAGCAUCCUAGGUGAAGGCAAAUUAUUCGUCAACCAAGUGCGCGAUCCCCAGUCAACGACUUCUCUCUUCUCGGUCCUCCUUCACGGGCCGCCAGGCAGUGUGAGGCAAGGUAAAGUCUCCCACAUGAACAAGGUAUUCAUGGAUGCAUACAAGAGUCCCACCAGCGUUGUCGUGAUGGAUAACAUCGAACGAAUCAUCGACUGGGUCCCCAUUGGGCCCCGUUUUAGCAACACAGUACUGCAGACGGUGAUGGUGUUGUUAAGAAAGAAACCGCCCGGGGACCGCCGCCUACUUAUCCUCGCCACAACCACGGAGCGCUCCAUCCUGAAGCAGCUUGAUGUUUUCAGCUCCUUUAAUUCUGAUAUCCGCGUUCCGAAUGUGAACACCUUCUCUGAACUGUCCUACAUCUUGAAGGAAGCACAGGCGUUCUCUCCGCAGGAGAUAGACGGUGCCAUGGCAGAGCUUCGCGGGCUGACACAGAGUGAGCAGAUUGGGGUUGGGAUCAAGAGGGUGCUUCUUGGGAUUGGCACGGCUAAGCAGGAUACUGAUAGGGCAGGCAGGUUUGCUUCCGUUAUUGCGAGGGCGAUGGAGGAGUAG